UCUUCACCAUAUAACUCUUUCUCUGAUUUCAACUACCACUUCAGCUCAUCUUCUCCAAAUCGUUGCCAAGUCAAAGGGAAAAAGGCUUUAAAAGCACUUUUCUUGAAAUGGAGUCGGAAAGAAAGCCUGAGUUCUUCAAGGGAAAGACCAUUUUAAUGACUGGCACAACGGGCUUCUUAGCAAAAGUUUUCUUGGAAAAGAUUCUAAGAACACAACCAGAAGUUAAAAGACUGUAUCUUGUCGUACGAGCAGAAAACAUUGAUUUGGCUUCAAAACGCUUUCAAAAUGAGGUCAUUGUCACAGAUUUAUUUAGAGUGUUACGGGACCAAUGUGGUCAAGAUUUUGAUUCUUUCAUUUCGAGCAAGAUUGUGGUCAUACCAGGAGAUGUUUCUCUUCUUAAUUUUGGUCUGAAAGAUGAAAAGCUUAAGAGUAAGAUGUUGGAAGAGAUCAACGUUGUCGUGAAUUUUGCAGCAUCUACCAAAUUUGACGAGAGAUUUGACAUCUCAAUGGGUGUAAAUACAAUGGGUGCCUUACAUGUCUUAAACUUCGCAAAGAAUUGUCGUCAGAUAAAACUUUUUGUGCAUACAUCAACCGCAUAUGUAUGUGGAGAGAUUAAGGAUAAGAAAAUAAUUGUGCAAGAGAAACCCUUUGAGAUGGGUGAAACCCUGAAAGAGACCUCGAAAUUAGACAUCACUGCAGAAAUGAAUCUGCUGAAGAAGAAAAUAGAUGAACUCCGAUCAGAGAAUGCUAAUGAAAACACAAUCAAAUAUGUAAUGAAAGAUUACGGAAUUGAAAGAGCAAAGUUUUAUGGUUGGCCAAACACAUACACAUUCACAAAAGCCAUGGGAGAGAUGCAAGUGGUUCAUCACAAAGAUAAUCUUCCACUAAUCAUUAUUCGUCCCACCAUGGUUACCAGUACCCUUAAGGAUCCAUUUCCUGGUUGGAUUGAAGGCUUAAGAACUCUGGACAGCAUAAUAUGUAGCUAUGGUCAAGGAAAAUUAACAACCUUUCUUGGUCAUCCCAAGACAAUUUUGGAUACCAUACCUGCGGACCUGGUUGUGAAUUGUAUGAUGACAGCAAUUGUUGGUUGUUCAAAUGAAGCUCCAAAGAAUUUCAUCUACCACGUUUCUUCAUCGUUAAGCAAUCCAUUCAGAAUUGCCGAUGUUCGUGAUUUAUGCUAUAUUUAUUUCACUAAAUUCCCCAACCAAAACAAAAUUGGAAACCCAAUAACAGUGCCCAAGCCAAAUUUGAUAUCAAGUAGGACUGCUUUCGACAUUCACAUGACACUCCGAUAUGUUUUGCCACUAAAGGUCUUAAAUUUGGUGAACAAAGCGUUUUGUCAAUGCUCUCGAGAUGUUUACGAUGAUAGCUUCAAAAAAAUCAAAAGGGUGACACGACUGGUUGAACUUUACAAACCAUACCUGUUUUUCAAGGGCGUCUUCGAUGAUUCAAACACACAAAAUUUACGAAGAGCAACAGGUAAUAACAUGGAGGUUGAUGGAUUGGACUUCGACCCUGAUAGCAUCGAUUGGAAAGACUACAUGAUGAACACACACAUUCCUGGUCUUGUAAAGUAUGCAUUGAAAUGAUUGAUCUUUCAAGUUUCUGCUUUCAAAUGGUUGUAGAGUUUUUGGUUUGCAAAAUAAGUGUGGAACAUGAUAAAAGAGAUAAGAUGAUUUUAUAGUACAUAAGUAGGAACAAAUUUUAUUUUAUAAGUUGUCUUUUUUUUUUUAAGAUGGUAUAAGAAUUAUCUGAAAUCUAUUAUGGUAAAAUUUAAUGUUUGUAAGACUUAAGACCAAGAUCAAUUGAUGUUUAAUCCUGUACUUGUACUUGUGAUGUAUAUGUUUCCAGACGGUAUAUUUAUUAGAAAUAAGUUAGUUUUUCAUUGCU